AACCGCCCCGCGGUCCUGCCUGGCUCUUCCUCCGAAGGAACAACAGGCAGCCGCCUGCAGCAGCUUGCACGAAGAAGAAGAGACACCCACCCCCACCAACACACCCACCAACAUCAGUCGCUCCCUUGCUGCUUCGUUUUCUUCUACUUCUUCAUCGCCGGUGUCUCCAACGUUUAGUCUUUCCCCUCCCCGCUCUUCUCGGUUGCCGUGAGUGUGGGCGCGCCGAAAGCAAAUGACGGCCAUGACCACUCACACAACAAGCCUACAACAACACCAUCGUCAGCAGCAGAAGCAACAACACCAAAAACAACAGCAGCAACGACGGCGACAACGACGAUGCACACGGUGGCAGUGGCAGCGGCCAAUCGUCAACGUUGGGCGCGUGCUGCUGUCUCUGGUGGUGGUGCCGGUAAUCUUGCUUGAUUUGCACUCACUGGUGAUCUCGCCAUCUUCGCCAUCGACACCGUCGUUGCUGUGCUCGGCCGCGUGCCCCGAGAGCGUGCCUGGCUUCGCACCCAUGACAUGCCCGGACACCACGGUUGGCGCUGCGUGUGCGCUGUCGUGCCCCGCAAACCCCAACGUGGACGCGCAAUACGUGUGCGCCUCACUUAGCAACGGUGAUGCAUGGGUCGUGCAGGGAUCAACGUGCAUGCAAAAUGCCAUCUGCGCCCUCUGCACGUGCUCCGAGUCAAACACCAGGGUAUCCUGUGACCCAGCCGUCGUCACACCAAAUCAGCUAGCUGGCAUCUCCCCGACUGUGACGCACGUCACCAUCGCCACACAAGACACGCUCGGCACCAAUGGCACCUCGUUCCAGCUCCCAGCGCACCUGCUGUACGCUCUGCCGCAGCUGCUGGAGCUCCGCUUGGAGAAUCAGGAACACUUCAGCUUCGAUAACGACGCAGCCGCCGUGGCCCAGGCCCUCGCACGGAAUGGGCAGGUUGCCCCGGGGCUGCAAGUCCUCGCUGUCACGGGUGCCGCCACGGGCAGCGCCACCGCUCUCGACGACCUGUUGCGCCGCGUCGUGCCGGGUGGAUCGACGUGCCCUGCACCGGCCGCUGCCGGGCUGACCGUUGACCUGCGAGGCAACGGAGCGUGGCUCCAACAGCAGCCGCUGCCGUGGCGACGACUGCAGCGCGCAACGCAUGUCAUUCUCGACAACAACGCACUGGUGUCGCUGGAGGUGGCUGCAGCCGAUAUCACGGACUGCUGUCUUCGCUCCGUCUCUGCCCUGCACAACGCCAUCACCACCCUGGACCUGGCUGAGCUCGGUGACUGUGAACAGCUGGCCCAGCUGCACCUGCGCAACAACUCGCUGACACACCUGCAUGCGGGCGCCCUCAACCAGGAGCCGCUGCUCACCUUCCUCGACAUCCGCGACAACAACAUCGCCCUUGUCGACACGUUUGCGUUUGACCUGUCGUUCAGCCGGUACAGCCAGUACUGGUCCAGCAUUGCGCAGGCGCUGCACAUGAGCGGCAACCCCUCCGUCUGCACACUGCAACUCGAAGAUGGUGAGCGCCUGGUCAUGUGCGCUUGUGCAAACGGGUACACGGGCGUGCCGUCGUGUCUGGACCUGCAGCCAAUCGCGUGUCCAGAUGGGAACGGGACGGUCAUGGCGCAGCAGCUGUGUGAUGGCGUGCAAGACUGUGCCGACGGCUGGGACGAGCAGCAGUGCACUGCACACCUCGUUGCAUAUGAGGACUCGCCAUGUUCGUCCUUCCAUCGCUCGGAGCCGUGCGAGAUCACGUGUCGCGGGCAGUUGUUCCUCACUACUGCCAGCGGACACGUGACAAUUGAGUCGCACCCGAAUGCGUGCGACAACUGCGCUGUUGGUCUCGGCUCCAUCGCCGACGACGCCGUCAGCAGUGGCAUCAGCUCAUGGACCAGCCUCAGCUUCGAGGUUGAUGGCGGCUUCGUGCGGGUGCGCUCCAUCGUCCCUGCGCGCGAUGGCGAUGAGGGUCCCGUGUUUGUGCUGCAGUGCAAUGAGCUCUAUCGUGUUGUUGGCGGCAGCUGGCUCGGGCUCAAUGCAUCCGUGUCUGCAACAGCGUCCCUCUCGACGGCCACCUCGUCACAGCCGUCGUCAUCGUCCGCACCAAUCACACCCACGCCUCUCGCCACCCUCUGCCCAGACAUGACAUCAACAUUCCGUGCCUCCCACUGUUCCCUCGUGCCUGCAAGCACGUGCACACCCGACUGCAUCAACUCCCGCAUCGCCCCCUUCCCCAUCACGUGCACCGCCACGGGCGCAUGGAGCGCUGAUCCGUGCGCUGAUGUCGGCGACGACUGCGGCGGUGCUGCCUCGCUCACCCGCCUCAGCCCUUCGUGCUCAAACCUCCCGUCACCCAACAGCAAGGGUGCAGCCUACUGCAACGUGACCUGCACUGACGAGGAGGACGCAGUUGCUCUGUGCACUGGCGAUUCAUGGUCAUUCUUCUGCCGUGACGAUCCAGAUGUUGAGCUGUCGUGCACGGGCGAUUCUCUUCCCGCGUCGUCGUCGUCAUCGCUCGCAACAGGGAGUAUCAUCGGAAUUGUCAUUGGAGUGCUGGUAUUGACGCUCGUUGCUGCUGUGAUUGUCACCGUCAUGUACCGGCGUCGCCAGGCCGCAACCGCCGCAGCGCUCGGGCUGCUGGACCGCCACCAGUCGCGGGUGAUGCACGAGCUCGAGCGAUGCAAUGUGGUCAUCUCGCAACUCGGCGGCGGCAGCAAGGACUGGCGACACCGCAUCCAGCACAUCGACAGGUCCUCUGUGUCGCUGCAAGAGGAGCUGGGGCGCGGUGCCUUCGGUGUUGUGCGAAAGGGCAUUUGGACAAACAAGAAGGGCGUGCAAACUUCGGUUGCGGUGAAGAUGAUGGCGGGGAGCGGCGCAUCGCUGGAGGAGCAGGCGUCGUUUCUCGUCGAAGCACACAUCAUGGCCGUCCUCAGCCACCCGUGCCUGGUGCAGGUGCUUGGCGUGGUCACCGGUGACAGCGCACCCCCACUCAUCGUCGUUGAACUCAUGCGCAACGGCAAUUUGAGGGAUUUCUUGCGCGCACGGGCCACCAUCAACCCAUGCCCGCUCACAUGGGGACAGCUGCUGGAUGUCUGCAUCUCCAUUGCGGACGGCAUGGCAUUUCUCGCGUCAAACAACAUUGUGCACCGAGACUUGGCCUGUCGCAACGUCCUCGUGGGCGAAUCCAUUGCCACUGUCAAAAUCAGCGAUUACGGAAUGGCCCGCUACCUGAUGCAAGCAGACUACUACCGCAUGACGAGCGACACUGCGCUGCCGAUGGCGUGGAUGGCACCGGAGAGUGUGAAGGACAACAAGUGGUCAAUCGCAAGCGACGUCUGGAGCUGUGGCGUGACGUUUUGGGAGGUGGUGUCCCUUGGCGAAACGCCGUUCUCGGGGCUGUCCUUGCCGCAAAUACCGCACGCGCAGUCUGCUGUGCACCGCUAUCUACCGGCACCACCUACACUGCCCCAUUCCAUUUACGAUGUGAUGAAGAGCUGCUGGACAAUUGACCCGGACACGCGACCAACAUGCAACCACGUCCUCGCCCGUCUCACCGCCAUCCGGGAGACAUUGGGCGCCGCAGCCACAGCAGCUGCUGUUCCACUGCCAACCAACCCAUCGACAUCCCCAUCACCAUCACCAUCGUCGUCGUUCUCGGCAGUGGGGCACGGUGGGCGGCUGACGUUUGUGCAAAACCGCUCAUAUGACCACAACAGCGGCUGCAAGCCACUCCAGGCCUGGGCACAUGACGAUGCUGCCGAUGGUGGUGACGACGAUGAUGAUAGUGAUAGUGAAACGCGGUUGUAGUUAUCUUGUGGUGUGCACAUGUACACGCUGAGCGUGCGAUUGCGGGAUGCACGCACACACACACACACACACA